CACACAACAGUUGAUAGACCAUCGCCAAUGAGUUAAAUUGUUUCAAUUAAUGCCCUCUCCAUAGUACUCGUCACGUGACAGUGCCCUCGUGUGUUUGAACAGUGUCUCGUAAAUCAGUAAUCUCGCGCUGUUCAAAAUGGUGAAAUCGAAAGUAAACGAUUUGCGCGCUCUUUUGGCCAAAACUCUAGGAAGUGACAUCGAAAUCACCGACCAGAAAACCACACUUUUAACAGCACCUGGUGAACACUACGGAAGCAUAAUGCUGGCACUGGACGUCACACUCAAAAAAUCCGGAAAGGAACAAAAAUACAAUCUCGUGGCGAAAUUAAUCCCAGCUAACGAAAUGCUUCGAGUGGCUUUCGAUAUUUACGUAACGUUCAAAAAAGAAGUACUAGCUUACACCGAAACCAUCCCUUACAUCACACAAUUGCAACGCCAGUACCAAGUACCAGAGCACCAUCUCUUUGACAAACUCUUUGCCAAGUGUUACGGUGCCAGACUUUGCCUGGACACCAAUAAAAACGAAGUGGAUGAAGACGCUGUUCUAAUUUUUGAAAAUUUGAAACUCCAAGGGUACAAAACGGAGGAUCGCUUGGUUGGUUUUGACUUGAAAGCUUCCAAGAUCAUUUUGAGGGACUUGGCCCGGUUUCAUGCCGCCCCAAUUGCAGUGAAACGGCUCAAAUUUGAUGAUUUUCAAGCCAAAGUUCUCCCAGCACUUGCCAAAAACAAGGGCUUGGAGCAGCUACCCCCAGAGGUGACUCUAGCAUUCCACAACAGUAUUAUGGAAGGUGCUUUGGAAGUGCCAGAACUGGAGGAAUUUCUACCAAGGGUGCAAAAGGUGGUGGAUUAUGCCGCCUCACACCCUUAUGUCAAUCGACCACCCCCGAAAGAAUUAUGGGGUAGUAUGUCACACUCUGAUUUUUGGACCAGUAAUACCAUGAUUUUGCGUAACGAGCUUGGAGAGCCUGUUAGUAACAAAAUCGUCGAUUUGCAGAUCAUGACGUAUAGUUCCAUAGCACGUGAUGUGAUUUUUUUCAUGUUUACUAGUAUUAUUAACCGGGUGUUGGAAGAGAACUACGAGGAGUUGCUUCGGACGUAUUAUGAUAGUUUUGUAAACACGUUGAAGGAGUUUGAGUUGGAUGUGAGUGAGUACAGUUGGGAGAAUUUCCUCAAAGAGUUGGAUGAAGUUGCACCAAGUGAAAUUUACCACGUUUUGGUUAUGCUGAAGCCGAUUUGUACCGAAAGAGGGAAGGUUGAGAACAGUCUGGAGGACUUCCAAGACAGUGAUUGGAGUCGGAAAGAUUUGUUGGGGCCUUCACACCGCAAGAAACUUAAAGAUACGGUGCUAGCAUUUGUCAAGAGAAACUGGAUCUAGGGCCAAAUGUUGUACAAUUUUAUGCAAUAAAAAUAUUUUAUUGA